UAAUAUGUUGAUGUUUUGCUUUAUUUCCCCUCAUUUUUUCCUCCCUUUAUCAUGUUCCUUGCUUUCAUUCUUAUCUAAUUCCUUAUCCAGUCUUUGAAAUAUCUGGUAGAUCUUGAACGACCAGAUUAAUUGCUAGGGAAUCAUUUGUUCUUCACUAUUCAUACAACCAGAUUGUGAGUUAACUGUUUUUUUCCUUCUGACUUUCACUUCAUUUUAAACUCUUCUGAGCAUCGAGUCUACUACUUUUAAAUGUUGAUAAAUUUUUAAAAAAUUGUUACUUUAUUUGGUUAAAUCAAUUUUCUGAAAGUCAACUUGGUUCAUUCAUUGAUAUAUAAUAUGUUUUAUAAUGUUUAACUCUCUACUUCAAUACCUUGGUUUGUUUUUUUAUUGCUGAUUGCCUUGUUAACCUUUACUAGUCAAUUUGAUUGCGCUAACAAAUUAUGGGUAAAUCUGGUAAAACGCGUACUGAAAGUGAUAUCGAAAAGUACCGGGAAGAAGGAGAAUGGCGAAAGAUACUUGAAUUGGCUCAAUCGAUUGGAUCAGAUGGAGGAAAAAAUGGUCUAAUUGAAUUUCUCUUAGGUGAAGCUAAAUUAGAGCUUUACCUUGAAGGAGGUGAUCUUAUUCGAGGUCAAAAUUUACUCAAAGAAUCUCGGGCUCACCUAAAAUCAUGCCUUAAUGCCUCCAAUUGUUCAGCUCUCCAAGUUGAUGCCAACCUUUUGCUUGCUAAAUUACAUUUUAUGUCCGGUGAACAAUCUUUAGCUGCAAAAGUAAUCGAAGCAUCCGGAAUCAGUUCAAUAAUUGGUGGUGAAAAACCUUUACCUUUUCGUAUUAUGAAAUUGGUUGCUGAAUCUUUUGCUAUCAAAGGAAUGUGUUUAGAAAAAGAGAAAAAUGUCGACAAAGGCUUAGAAAAGGCCAUUAUUUGUUUAACCAAGGCAUCUGAUUUGACUUUGAGAUAUUUACAAAACAUGGAGAAACAUCUAGGACCUUAUGCCAAUGUAUCUGUUGGACCAAUUCUCGAAACAGGAAUUCAACGAGCUCCUAUUCUGUUUAUGCAAAAUGAUCAAAUAGCCAAAGCAUUUAACCAAUAUCGAAAUAUUAUGAAUGCUUGUGAAACUCAAUCAACGUUAAAUACUCGACAAGUUGUUUCGCGUAAAUUAGCUGAGCUGAUUCUUCGAAAUGUUUCUCGCUCCUGUUGGACUCCAUUUGAUACAAGCAUAACAACCAUUAGUGGUCAUUGGAAACCUCACAGAUAUUUUGGUCAGUCUCUAUUUAAUCCAAGGGAACGUGAAGAAGAAAUUGUGCUUUUAUUGUUAAUAAGUGAACUUCUUGCUUCUCGUAAUGUUGUUCUGGACCGAGGAACAGAGUUCAACGAUACUCGAAGACAAUCGUUGGAAAACGUAAUCGCCAUUCAUGACCUUCUAGUUAUCGCCUUAACCCCUUUCAAAUAUUGUAUCUUAGAUAUGUUUGAGAGAGCUAUGAAGUUCAGUUUUGAGAUUAAACACAUAUGGCUUCAGUUUGGUUUAAGUGUUAUGGAAACGAAAAAAUUUCCUCUCAGAGCAAUAUUGAUCUUCAAAGAAGUGGCACGUAUAGAUGAUAGCGACCCAGUUCCAUGUAUAUUAGCGGCCAAAGUUUAUAUUUUAGAAUUAAAUAAUGCCGAAAAGGCAUUGGAAUUUGCCUUGGAAGCCUUAUCACGAGACACGGAAGGAGCAAUGUCAUCCAGGAUCAACUUAACCCUUGGAAUUGUGAAUGCAAUACUUUAUGAAGAGGAGACCGAGACUGUUAAAAAGUUGAAGAAAGUACACUUACAUGAAUCCAUUAGAUAUUUUAAAAAUCUUAUCAAAGGUCCAGUUGAAGAUCAUCUGGCUUACUACCAUAUUGGUCUUCACAUGGCCCAUCAACGAGUCAUUAAUGAUUCGAUGCAUCAUGCUCAGUUAGCUUUAGUACUCAAUCCAUACCAUCUUCCAAGUAUACAAUUAAUGAUACUCUGUUUAUCAGCUUGCAAGAAAUACCAUGAAGCUCUCUCAUUGUGUGAAGCAUCAUUAGAGGAAUAUCCUGAUCAAUUGGUGCUACUUUAUGUAAAGGCUAAUUUGGAGCAAGUUGUUUCUGAAAACGGUUAUGAAAUAGCCUUACAAACUGCCAAACAUAUGUUAAGAUGUUGUAAAAAUCUGCCAAAUGAAGAUAAAGACAAGGUGCUUUAUUGUGGCAAUAAUGUUACUUUGACUGGAACCAAUUAUGAUACUCUUUCCCUGAAAAUGGAGCAAACCUUAAGUGAAAUUGUUUCGCUGGAUAGCUGUCCAGUUCUUGGUGAUGGUGCAAUUACAUCUGGACCUGGAUUAGAAGAUGGCUCAUUAGGACAAAAGCAACUUUGGAAUUUACAGUUACAUUUGUGGAUUUUAAUUGCUGAACUUUAUAUAAAGCUGGGAUUGAUAUCUGAAGCCGAAGCUUGUGUGGCUGAAGUUGCAAAUGUAGUUUUUGGUCCAUUAUCUCAUCAAUUAAUGUUUGUUAAAGGGAUUUUAGCCAAAGCACGACAACGUUACGCCGAAGCCAAAGCUUACUUUCAAAAUGCCAUUUCCAUUAAUCCUCGACAUGCCAGAGCCUUACAACAACUCGGACAUUCCUACUAUCUGCUUGGUAACCAGUUAUCAGCCGAUAAGUAUUUAAGAGAUUCACUUAAUGUUGAUGCUACUCUUCACGAAACAUGGUCUCACAUGGGCUGUGUCCUUAAUGAACUGGGUGAACAUAAAAGUGCCGCUGACUGUUUAGUGACUGCAAUUCAGUUGGAGGCAACAGCACCUAUUUACCCUUCAAUCUUACACCAAGAAAUGUUUUUGAGUGACUUCAGCUUAGUCUCUAUCGAGAGUCUAAAAUUUGUUUUGUAACAUAUUGUUUUUGUUUUUAUUUCUCAUUACGUGUGUCAAUAUAAUGUUAACAAGAGAUGCGACAUGCUUCAUGAAAUUGAAUUGGUUGAAAAGCUAUUGGAACCAAGGUUUUACCUCAUGUGCAUUGUGAAUACAAAUAUUAUUGGAAAAUCAUUUGGAAUAAUCAAACAUGAUGAUGAUCAGAUUCAAUUUAAAGCUAUCUAUAAGUCUUUAGUACAAAACAUCAACUUCCAAAAUUGGAUCCUACAUUUGGUGAUAUCGCUGUUAGUAUUUACCUUCAGAAUGCAAUUGAGGAUUAUGGAUGUCUUCUGUAAUGGUUGAAGAGAGUAAAAUUAACUUAAAUUGAUAACCAUAAUAAGAAUCUCUGAUUUCUUGUUAAUUGUGAUAAAAUCAUCUUCAUAAUUUUACCAAAACUGUACUUUGAAAAGUACUCAUUGACUUACACUUUGCAAUUACGUAGAAUCAUUAAACAAUAAGAAAAGUAAAAACUGAUUUCUUGAAAAUAUUGUUAUGAUUGACGUUUCUCUUCCCAUGGUGCCUAAUUCAUUUUAAAGAUGAACUUUUGUGCUGAUGAGAAGACAAAAAAUACAAAUUUUCUUCCUUCAACUUUUUCUGCCAUUUUCCUGGUUGAUGAUUCUUGUGAAAAAAAAUGUUUUUCUAUUGAAUUGAACAACUAAUCACUGUGUUAUUAUACUAUGUCAUCUAUUGCCAAAAUGAAAAAUCAAAGCUAAAUUAUUGAAUAUACAAUUUAGAUUAAUAAAUUGUAGAUGGGUUUUCACAAUUGUACUAAAUGAAUUUCUCCAUUUUUUCAAACAAUAAUCUGAUCACUUAUCGCUGUUUUUAUUAUCAUCUCUUGUUCACCUUGAAUAAUCUGGGUUUGAAACAAAACAUGAUCGAUUCAAAUGGCUUAUUAAUCAUCUCAAUCACCUAAAUAGUAUUGUUAAUGUUCAAAUUUAUUAUAAGUUGUAUAAAAAAUGUUUUUGUUGGCAAUAAAAUUGUAAAUCAUUUCAUGUAAAACAAUAAUCUUGUAAAUUUUACUUACCGGAUCAAUUACAUUGAAUUUUCCGUA